AUGAGUGAUCCAGAGUUGGACGCCAUUCGAAGGGCGCGCCUCGCUGAGCUGCGCGGAAAUGGUAUGAGUAUGUCAUCAUCAGGUGCCAUGCCCGUAGGACAGACCCCAGGAAUGGCCUCGGGUGAUGACAGUGGUGAAAAAGCGGCCCAAGUGGAUGAAAUGAAACGCCAAAUGCUGUCGCAAAUUCUAGAUAGCGAAGCGCGCGAACGACUAUCUCGCAUUGCUCUCGUAAAGCCGCAGAAAGCGGAUGCAAUCUCGGAUAUCCUGCUUCGCAUGGCCCAGUCUGGACAGGUGCGGCAGCGCGUCACAGAAGACCAGUUAAUUUUGCUGUUGGACCAGCUCGACCAAGCAAGCGCCCAUGAAUCCGGCAAGAUCACGGUCACGCGCAAAAAGACGCUCGACGAUGAAGACGAUGAUUGGGAUCUAUAG